AUGUCACGCAAAAAGUCAAAAGUAAAGGAAGGCCCAUCGUGGGCGAUCUAUCCGGACCUGCACGACGAAGUCGCAGACAAACUCGAGGAAUUUCAGCUUGACUACUCGUUCAACCCCAACGAUGAUGAGAUAGCAAAGAUUCGAGAUUACGACACCAACAUCAUGGGUCGCUUCACCUGCAACAACGAGAAGUGCAAGAAGAAGGGGUGGUCGACCAAGAUGAUGCCGAUAACCAUUCGCGAAUACACUCGUGAUCGAUACAACGCAAGAGUCUACUUCCAGCGCUGCAUGCGAUGCAAAAGACUAGGUCAACCUACGCUCGACGAGAAAUCAUACAUCGAAAGGGUUGUGUACUGGAUCAAGAAGUGGAAUGGUGUAGAGAUGGAAAGACCUAUCUUUUCAGGUAGUUCGAAGGGACCUCAUGAGAGUGACCUAUGUGAGGGAUGUAUCAACGGUCAUUGUUCCCAGACCGUCAAGGGCAGAUACGUGUUGGCAUAA